AUGGCGCGUGAGAGCAGAGCCGAUGCGAUGAGUAGCCCAUCUUCAGAUGCCUGGUCCAGUGAUGAGUACAAGCCUCCUCCUGGAAGCCCGUGCUCCUCUACAUUAUCCAGCAACGUUUCAGUAUUUUCUGACACAUCGUGUGCUGAAGUGUCUGAUGAAGAGGAGCUAGAGCCGACCUCCACAAAGGCCCAGAAAAACAAACGGACCAAGAGGAUAGAUGCGUGUGCUGAAGUGUCUGAUGAAGAGGAGCUAGAGCCGACCUCCACAAAGGCCCAGAAAAACAAACGGACCAAGAGGAUAGAUGCGUGUGCUGAAGUGUCUGAUGAAGAGGAGCUAGAGCCGACCUCCACAAAGGCCCAGAAAAACAAACGGACCAAGAGGACAGAUGGGACUGUGGAGCAGACCAAAGCCCUAAUUAAGUUCAGGGCUGACAAUGAAGAGCAGUUCACAAAAAAGAAGUAUACCACAAAGCAACUCUGGGAGUGA